AUGUUAUUGCUGAACCAGGUUAUUCAUAUUGAAAGUGCUAAAUUUGGUAAUAAAAUUAGUAGUGAUGAAAUUAGUGAUGAUGAAGUUGAUGACUAUGUCGCAAAUCCACCAAAGGGUGAACGACCAAUGUGUGUUGGGUGUGGUGGAAAGUCUUCACCAAAGAGCGUUUUAAGUGGUCCCAGGUACAAAUAA